AUGUCGGAGCCAAAGUCAGUCGCAAUUAUCGGAGCGGGCAUAUUCGGCCUCUCGCUGGCGGCAGCCCUACGUGACCGAGACCACAAAGUUACCGUGUUUGAGAGAUAUGACUAUGAUCAGAACUCAUAUGAUGCAAACGAUGACGAGAUACAGGCCGCAUCGGUGGAUCACAACAAAAUUUUCCGAGCAUCCUACGGCAAGGAAAUUCAUUACCAGCGCCUUGCCAUGGAGGGGCGAAAGUUUUGGAUUUCAGAAGACGAGAAACGCGGCUGUUCGCAAGAGGGCUCCGAUUCAGAAGAGAAGAGGAUUUUUGUCAACAGCGGUAUGCUGCGAGUGCAGCCAUCAGAUCACCUCGAAGCAUUGGAAAGAGAAACACUGGCAAAUAUGGAGCGUGACGGCUUCCGAGAUGCGCAGUUCGUGAAGAGCAACGCUGAAGACCAACAACGCGCAGAUCGUUUAGGGUGGAAGGAUAAGCUGCUCGAUUUCACGAUCCCGGAUUCCUCUCCUGCCACCUCUUAUGAAGCUGUGCUCGACUCCCUGGCCGGAUUCGUGAGGUGCAGCAAUGCCUGUGCCCACUAUCAGAAAGUCGCAGCGUCUCAAGGCGUUCAGUUUCGAUUUGGGCAGGAGCUUGGCGCCGUGGAUUCGCUGGUGAAAGAACCUAGUACAACCGAGCCCGAAAAGGCUAAAGUAAUUGGAUUGAAAACGAAAGAUGGUGUUAUUCAUAAAGCUGACGUUGUGGUGGUUGCUGCCGGGUCCUUUUCCACGCAGAUUCUUCCCGACUUGAGUUACCACCUCGAAUCCUCUGCAGGAAGCUUAGCUAUCUUCAAGAUUAACCCGAACGAUAAGGAACUUUGGGACAAGUACUCCCCUGAGAAAUUUCCGGUUUUGACCUGGAAGAGUACCCCUCGAGACCCCACUGGAAAAGACACUGGUAGCAUCUAUGUGCUACCUCGUACACCGGAAGGCCUUCUGAAAAUUGGAUAUCGGGGUUUGAAGUUCACCAAUUUCAAACCUGCGCCUGGCGGCACGCCGUUUACUCAAGAUGGCCAGUGGUCAGUACCUCUUCCGCCAAAGGAAUGCCACUCUCUGCAAGAACAAGCCGAAUAUUCCAUUAGGCAGUUUGUAUCUAUUUUCUUGCCAGAGUUCAGGGACGUCCCGUUUCACUCUGCCAAGCUCUGCUGGUAUACGGACUCAUUGGACAAUUCCUUCGUGAUUGACUAUGUCCCGGAGUAUGCAGAAAAAUCCGUAUUUGUCUGCACAGGUGGCAGUGGCCAUGGGGCUAAAUUUCUACCUAUUCUUGGAAAGCAUGCGGCAGAUAUUCUUGAGAAUUCUUACCAGAGCACGUCUUACAUGCGUCCUUUUUGGAGGUGGCGGCCUGAUGUACCCCGAAGGAAUGGCCUCGAAGAAGGGCCGGGUGGAUCUCGCAACAUCUCCAAGCCAUCUUCUUAG